UCUUUAUUUGAGGCUCAGUCCUCCUCGGACAUCUCCUCAUCUCAACAUCGUUUGUGAUUAGGAUCGAAGUGUUUUCCAUCCUCUGCUCUCCCCCGUCAUUCUUUCACCCUCUGCUUGAUUUGCAAAAUAAAAGCGCCGUCGACACGCGCACCCGGGCGCGCGCACCUUCUGUCCCUCACUCAUUUGUUGGCUCGAAAAACUUCUGGCCACGAGCCCGCCACGCGCGUUUGGAUGUGGUGGGUGGGGCGCCCGAGGGAGGGGCUUACCCGGCUUAAGGCAAAAAACCCGAGCCGGGCCGUGCCAGUUGGAGAUGAAAGUUGCACGCGUGCUGAUGGCAAUCUGAGGGAGCGGAGUUUUGGACUGUGUGUCAUCUCUGGACUUUGGACUUAUCACGCAGUUAACGAACUUUUUUCUUUCUUUCUUUUUUUUUUUUUUUUUUUUUAAAAUUUGCAAUUCUUCGUCUGUUAUUUUGCGUAGAGCCAGAAGGGAAUCCAAACAGAUAAAAAAAUGAUGACCAAACCAUACGGAAAGAGCGGCGACAUGAGCGAGCUGGUGAGCUCCCUCGGCUGGCUGGAGGAGGAGGAGGACGGCAGCUCUCAGGACGGGGAGCAAAGCCCAGGGAUGAGGGGACACCACGGCCUGACCUUAGGGAGCCGAAUCCACUCCUGCACAGAGCUGGGCAGUGAGGAUAUGGAGGAAGAGGAGGAGGAGGAGGGGGAGGGGGAGGAGGAGGAGGAGAUUGGACCAAACGGGGAAAGCGCUCCCAAGAGGAGAGGCCCCAAGAAGAAGAAGAUGACCAAAGCAAGGCAGGAGAGGUUUCGCGCCCGGCGAGUCAAGGCCAACGCCAGAGAACGCUCACGCAUGCACGGGCUGAACGACGCCUUGGAGAGUCUGCGCAGAGUGAUGCCCUGCUACUCCAAGACACAGAAGCUGUCGAAGAUUGAGACUCUACGGCUGGCCCGCAACUACAUCUGGGCUCUGUCGGAGGUGCUUGAGAGCGGCCAGUCCCCGGAGAGCCAUGGCUUUGUGGAGAUGCUGUGUAAAGGUCUGUCUCAGCCCACCAGUAACCUCGUGGCCGGCUGCCUGCAGCUGGGACCCAGUCCGAUGAUGAUCAACAAGCAGGAGGACAAGUGCGGAGGCCCGGGGGUCGGGGGUAUGGGGGUUCAGGCCGGCCAUCCCCUCAGCUACCCAUCUCCAGGCCUUCCCAGCCCUCCCUACGGCUCCCUGGAGGCAUCCCACCUCCUCCAUAUGAAGGGAUACAAGGGGCCGGUGUACGACAACCCCUCCCCUAACGAGUGCAGCAGCGGCACCCCACCAUAUGACGGGCCCCUCACUCCCCCUCUGAGCAUCAGUGGCAACUUUGCCCUGAAGCAAGAGCCUUCUCCACAUGACUCAGAGAGGAACUACGCACCCCACCCCGUCCACCAUGCCCACUACCUCUCGUCCCACCAUUACCCCACUUCCACGACUGGCGGCCUAACAGGGGGGCCUCAGGGCCACCCACUGUUUCAGGCGUCACGCUAUGAUCUUCCCCUGGAUGUGGCCUUUGACUCCUUCGCUCCCUCUCACCUGAUCACCUCUCAGAUGGGCACCCUCUGAACUGUGAUUUGCGGUUAUUGAAACUAUGAAACUGGCUGAAGAGAAGCACCACUCUUGAAUGAACUGUAAAAAACGAUGGCCGUGGUUCGAACUGUAUAGAAAAACAAAACAAAAACAAAACGAUUUUGCAUUUAUGUUGUCAAGAACUCUGGGAGAGCACUGAAUGCUCAGAGAGACUCAACACCUCAACUCAGUCUACCUGAUACAAACACGCACCCAUAACUUUUGAUAUUUUAUUUAUUCUUUUUUUGUCAUGAUUUUAUGUUGGUAUUUGGAUUAUGACUUUUUCUCAUUAAGUUGCCCCCUCAUUUGUAACGAAACAGCAAACUAAAGGUUGUUUUCCCCAAUGCUAUGCUUCGACUUGUGUGUAAGAUCAGUGACUGAACACGAACAUGAUAUAGUUUGUCAGAAGAUCUGCGUGUCUGCAAAAGAAAUUGAUGAGCCGACAUAAACAUAAAGCGUGCACUGAGGCCUCCGACCAAUGUCCCCCCUCGCCACAGGAAAAAGCAAUGCAUCUAUUUAUAUCUGUAUUUAAUAUUUAUUUUGAUAAUGUCUCGUCCUUUUUUUAAAUAUUUUUCUCAGCACAGUUUAUGUUUCACUGUUGUCUCGGUUUGUUGUCAGUCACUGGCAGCUGUACUGUAUUUAAUUUAUUUAUUUGAGGUCUUUCAGGUACUUGUUCAUUCGGUGUCACAUUUUUUUUUGUCAUACUGUACUGUUGUAAAUAUUUUGCUGUUUCGCACUUAAUUGAAUAAAUAUUCUUAUAUUAUA